CAACUACUAUCUAAACCUCGAACAAAGCCUAUUGAAUUUAGUACUAUUUUGUUUGUUUGCCGUGUAAGACGCAGUAUUUGUAUUUCAAGAAGAAAAAAACCCGUUCGAAAUUUAAAUUCAACAAGCACACGAAAUGAAUACAAUUGGAAAAAUCGGUUUUCUUGGCGGUGGAAAAAUAGCCCAAGCUAUGGCCAAGGGCUUCAUUGCAUCUGGACUGACAAAAGCUGAUUCUGUUAUAGCCAGUGUGCAUCCAGCCGAUCAAAUGUCAUUGCAAUCAUUUAAGAAAUUGGGUGUCGAGACGAUAACAAAAAAUGAUCCGGUCGUUGAAAAAUCCGAUAUUGUUUUCAUAUCAGUAAAACCACAAGUUGUGCCCAGUGUUUUGAGUGAAAUCAAAACAAAAAGUGCAGACAAAUUGUUCAUAUCAGUUGCCAUGGGCAUAACACUGAACACACUGGAACAGAAUCUAUCAUCGAGUUCCCGUGUAAUACGUGUUAUGCCAAAUACCCCUGCCCUCGUUCAAUGCGGCUGUUCGGUGUUUGUACGCGGCAGCAAAGCCACAGACUCCGAUGCAAAAGCUACACAACAACUAUUAGAAUCCAUAGGUACCUGCGAAGAAGUCACAGAAAAUCUAUUAGAUCCAGUUACAGCUCUGAGUGGCAGUGGACCGGCCUAUGUAUUCGUUAUGAUUGAGGCGUUAGCAGAUGGUGCCGUUCGCAUGGGUAUUCCUCGUGACUUGGCCUACCGUUUGGCAGCUCAAACAGUUAUGGGUUCCGGUAUGUUGGUACGAGAAUCUAAAGAACAUCCUGGAGUUUUAAAAGAUAAUGUUACAAGUCCGGCCGGAUCAACAGCAGCUGCUCUGAAACAUUUAGAGGAAUCAGGAUUUAGAGCUGCGGUAGCUGGUGCUGUAGAAGCAGCCACACUAAGAUGUCGUGAAACGACGGGUCAACAGUAGUCACACACACCAAAGGAAUAUAUUUGUACUAUAAUCUAGUUAUAUAAUUUAUUUUUAGAAUUUCUUUACAAAAUAAAAACUAAGUUAUUAUAAAAAUAUAUAGCGUGUAUAUAUAUAACAAA